CAAAUAAUCCUAAGACUCAAAGAAACAGGAACCAACAGAAAGGAAAAAAAUCUGAAAACUAUAAAGCAACAGCAAACAAUAGAUAAACACAGCUCACAUACUCAAAAAACGAGAGGUGGUUUGGUUUCUGUUGCAGUUUAGUCAAGUAGAGCCAUGACUCUUCAAGCAACUUCCUGUAACUUUGGAGGCAUUUCAUCUCUUCUUUGCCCUCCUAAAACUUCCCAGCACCGUUUUGUAAUCAGAGCUAAAGUGGAACCAUCAGAGAAAUCUGUGGAAAUAAUGAGGAAAUUCUCAGAGCAGUAUGCACGUCGGUCAGGAACAUAUUUCUGUAUGGAUAAGGGAGUGACUUCUGUUGUAAUCAAGGGAUUGGCUGAGCAUAAAGACACAUUGGGUGCACCACUCUGCCCUUGUAGGCAUUAUGAUGACAAAACUGCUGAGGUAGGGCAGGGCUUUUGGAAUUGCCCAUGCGUUCCUAUGAGAGAGAGGAAAGAAUGUCAUUGCAUGCUCUUUCUCACUCCAGAUAAUGAUUUUGCUGGCCAGGAUCAGUCCAUCACAUUGGAAGAAAUCAAGGAAACAACAGCAAACAUGUAGUGCUUGACAUUUUGAAUUUUCUUCUGUAAACAAUCAUAACUUGUAUUUGGCCACAAAAAAGAAGAAAUACCAACAGAGGGUGUAUUUUUAUGUAUAUUAGCAUGUCAACAGGGGAUAAAGUCUUUUAUUCUUUUUUCUUCCCUUUACUACCUUCCUCCCUAUAAUUUAGAAUUAUAGUCUACUCUUUGUAUCUAUGUUUUUUAACCUCUUUCAUAAGCCUUGUUCAGGUGCAGCCCACUCUGAUUUGCUUCAA